AUGCCAGGAUACGACGGCCAUGAUGACGAUGAUUACUACAGCUCGAGCUGCUGCAUUGGGUGCUGUCGCGCUGGCGAUUUUGGCACUCAUGAUGCGUGCGGCCCCUGCUACUGCCGACGUUCCUUCAAACCCGACUAUGAUCCGAGCAUCUAUACCGGUUGGAGUUUCGGCCACUACUACCCCGGAGCUGCUGAAGACGCGGGAUCUUCUGCCGUGACCAACAAGGGGUCCAAGUCUCUUGAGAACAACACCAACAGCAAGGAAGCAGUUCCUCAGAUCUCUGAGCAAAAGACUGCUAAACAUGGCGAGAAGAACAAGAGUGCCGAUAAGCUCAAAAUUGAUAAGUCCUCGAAGUCUUCUAAGACCCCUUGCAAGACGACCGAGAAGUGA